AUGGACGAAAUAUUUUCCCAAGCCUUGACUAAUCUCACUUUCGAAGAAAGAGAAGAACAUCAGGAGGUUAUUCAUGGUGUAAAAGACACGACCAUCGACGAUGACGCUCUCUUGGACCCCGCUCUGCAAGACCUAGAAAGCCAUCUGGCACACAUUAAGGGCGGUAGUGUUUAUGAAAUGGCCGAAAGCAUCGAUCCUGCAUAUGUCAGUGCCAGAUCCUUUCGCGCCAUGUUUCUGAGGGCAAAAGAAUACGACGCCAAAGCUGCAGCGGAACAGAUGCUGCUCUUCUUCGAGUCGAAACAUCAGCUAUUCGGAAAAGACAAGCUAGUCAAGGACAUCACAAUCGCAGACCUGGAUGACGAUGACAUUGCUUGCCUCAACCAUUCAUACAGUCAGCUUGCGGGUAGAGACCGAUCGGGUAGACAGGUUUUUGUACACAUUGGGAGUCUAACUGACUCUCUGGGGUCUACAAAAACCAAGCAGAACCUUUUGCGCGCAGAAUACUAUGUGAUUAUGAAAGCUGUGCAAUCAGAAGAGACUCAAAUUCGUGGAACAGUCUCAGUGUGUUACGCCAUUGGGAAUUUAAAGGCAAAAUCGAACAAAGGGUGGUCCGAGAGUGCCAAGCUUGUUUGGGCUCUGCCACAUAAGAAAGCAGCGUUUCAUCUUUGUGUCGAUGAUAUGAAACAAUAUGCAUCAGAGAGACCAAAACGGUGUGCAAAAAUUCCUUCAAUUUAUUUUAAGCAGCUCUAG